GGGGGGCGGGGCUACACGCUGAUCUUCUUCGGUACUCAAUGGAUGCCAGCGAUUAUUAUUAACUGUGUUGUGAGGGCCUGUAGUGAAGAGACUGGAGAGAAGGAGCUCCACUAGUUAACUCUCUGUAUCUCUCUGAGACAGGUAACCCCGGGUUAGAGUAGAGGGGCUGGGCUCGUGCUCGCUCUGUUUUUCCUCAGAGAAAUGUUCUCUCAGCUGUAGCAGCUGGAUGCUGCGAGCAGAACUUGGUGGCGAGUCUGGAUUUGAGGGGUUUUCUUUCUUUUUCCUCCUCUCGUUUUUCUUUUUCUUCAGCUGGUGUUUGGUUCUCUCACAGAUCCUCCAGAAUGAGUCCAGACUCUUCUCAGUGGGUUCGCUCUUUGGGCAGCGCGGCUGAAAGGCGAGGGGCAUCGGCUCUCUGGAUGUAAACACACGGUGCUCUACUUCUUCUCCACCACCUCCUUCUUUUCUGUCUCUCUUUCUUCCAGCAGGGGAAGCAAACGAGAGGAUUGAUGCACCCGUUUCAGUGGUGUAACGGAUGCUUCUGCGGUUUGGGACUAAUCUACUUCAACAGGACCUGCACAAUGCCACCUGUGACCUUCCAGGACCUGCCACUCAACAUCUACAUGGUCAUCUUCGGCACGGGGAUCUUCGUCUUCGUGCUCAGCCUCAUAUUCUGUUGCUACUUCAUAAGUAAAUUGAGGCACCAAGCGCAAAGUGAGCGGUUUGGAUAUAAAGAGGUCAUCCUAAAAGGAGACACAAAGAAGUUGAAUCUUCAUGGGACGUGUGCCGUGUGCCUGGAGGACUUUAAAGUGAAGGAUGAACUGGGUGUGCUGCCAUGUCAGCACGCCUUCCACAGGAGAUGUGUGGUGAAGUGGCUAGAGGUGCGGUGUGUGUGCCCCAUGUGUAACAAGGCUCUGUCUGGAGCCGCCGAACAGCACCAGAGUAUAGGCACUCUGCUGGAUGAACUGGUCUAGAAGCCUCUGGAAAAGGACAGAACUGGAAACACACAUAAAGGGUGUCUGAGGAGACCCCUGGAGCACAUGUCGUCCAGUCAGAGAUGACUCCUGCUCAGUCCUUCUGCUCCUUCCUUUCAAAUCCACACUUUAACUCUCACUCAGAGACUCGAGUUUUAACUCUUGCAGUGGACUUUAACCAGCGCUGACCAAGUCUUGUACAGACUGAGAUGAGGCAAAAAUUGAGACCAGCAGAAGAAACCUAGCAGCUUCCAGGAUGUUCCAACACCCAGUCUGGAGACUGCCACUGAAUUAACCAGAGUUCUGCACUUCGCCCGUUGGGCUCCUACACAGUUGUGUGUGUGUGUGUGUGUGUGUGUUUUUGUCGUUGUUGUUUUAAUCACUAAUUGAUCUCUCCAUGCUCCGCCCACAAAUGUGUUCUCUUUUUUAGCUACUGUCACUGGGGCUGUGUAUUUGCAAGAUCCUGGUGAUACGAUACAUAUUUUGAUACAGGGGUUAUGAUUUAAUAUAUUUUGAUACUGUGAAAGCAAAAGUAUAUAUUGCAAUUUUUAAAUCGAAUUUUAUGGAAUUUGUCAUAGUAUAAAACACAGUAUCAUAUCCAUAAAAUCUAUAAAAGGCAGUGUUUUACUUUUUAUACAAUCAGAUCAAUGAGAUUUGAACAGUAAUGAUGUGACAGGGUUUAUACACAGUAGAAUUAAACUGGUGUCUGCCACCAAUAAAAAAGGUGUGCUUUUAAGAAUUGAUACAGUAUUUUAAAACAUAAUAUUGUGAUACUUUGAGAAGUAUUGUCUUAUGACCCUAACUGUCACCUGGUUGGACCAAUUCUACAGCAUGUUGGGGAACAAUCACAUUCAGCCAAAUAAAAUAUUGCAAAUCAGGCAUCGUAAAAGUGGUUUAAACACUACAAGACUAAUCAGAUACAAGGGUCAGAUAACAGGAGCUUUUUUACCAGGACAGUGAACAGUUAAACAGUCAGAACCACAACUUAUUUAAAAAAACACAUGAGAAAUGACAAAAAAAGAUUUUCUUUCAAAAUCCAUGUACAAAAGAAACACGUGAUGUAUAGUUAACAUCGUUGAAUUUGAUUGAUGAUUUGCAGUGAAGGUCCAUGGUCCAACUGUAGACUGAGACUUUUUUUUUGUAGCCAUGCUGGAUGAUCAGGGAAACAUCUGUGAAAAAUAUUUCACACUUUACUCAGAGAUAAAAUUCUUGCAUCCGGACUGCAAUUGAAAAAAACAUGAGGACCAGUGAGUUUUUUGGCUUUCUUGGUCACAUAACAUCACGUUCAUUAGCUCUUUCAUUUUCACUCACUAUUGUGUUUAUGUGGAUCUCCAUUGAAACGCGCACCCAACGUGUAGUCACGGUGUGUGGCAGUGAACAAAUAGCUAUUUUAUUAAAUGCGAGGAGACGAAACUCAGAGAUGUGAGUCUGGACGAAAAUAAAACUGCCAUAGGACCACAGAGUUCAGCCAAAAACAGUAGGUAAUUCAGCCUGAAAUUUUCUCAGAAGACGUCUGAGAAAAACACGUACAUGG